AGUGAACUUAACAAAUGCGGACGAUGAGCUGGCCGGGAUUGGACAUUGGUUCCACGCCAGGCAAAGGCUAUUACUACGAAGCCUACAAUCCUGCAGGCAGCUGCCUGCUCUCCGCGCCGCUUCACAUAUUCGAAAGCUAUUUGACGAAAAUUGGAUGGACUCCAAUUGUGGACAUCGACUUGGUGGAGGUGGUGGAGUAUCGCACAGACAAGAAAUCCUGGCAGUCGGUACAAAGCAGUCUGAGCAGUUUUCUCAUGAUAAUGCCCACACUACUGGGCUUUACGCUUUCCCAGCUGCUGUGCCAACGUUUACAUCUGCAUUCGACGCGACGUUUCCUCAUGGAGUUCAUAGUGGUUUCCUUGCCCACCGUCUGUAAUAUGAUGCUGUCCAGUGAAUGUAAUGCGCUUUAUGUGACACUAGUUGGCGCCUAUAUUGUCUACCUGCUGUGGCGCUCUGGUGUCUGGUCAAGAUUCCCAGCGGAGACGACGGACUACAGCUUUAAACUGGGCAAGCGACCCAUUGUAUUCACUCUAAUACGCGCCACUGCUUACCUGGGCACUGGUGCCGCCAUCCUGGCCAUUGACUUCAAGCAUUUUCUGGUGAGCAAUGGCAAAAGCAGAGACUUUGGUGCCACUAUCAUGGACAUGGGAAUUGGCUUGUUUGUGGUCAUCAUGGGCUUAGUUUCGCAGCGAUCUCGGCACCUCGGGGAUAUUAAAAGGCUGCCCAAAGUCGUGUUGCCAUUGCUGGUGCUUGGCUCAGCGCGUACUCUGGUGAUUACCAUGAUUGACUACCACCAGGAUGAGCGUGAAUAUGGCAAGCAUUUGAACGCCUUUUUUACUCUGGGAUUCACGAAACUCUUUGGAAGCAUUGUCAGCUUACUUGCACCAAGUGAUAAUCAGCUGCUGCCCGUCAGUCUAGGUGUUUUGGGGCUGCAUGAGUUGAUCUUACAAUUGAGUCUCUCGGAGUAUGUGAUGCAAAGUGUGGAACGCAUAGGCUUGCUGGACUCGAAUCGCGAAGGACUCAGUGCUCUGCCUGGCUGUAUUGCGCUCUAUUUGCUUAGCAUUUACGUGGCCAAAUGGUACAUGUCCCAAGAUCACCUCAACUAUGUGCAGUUCUGCGCCAAGCUGCGACACAUGUUCAUCUUCUGCAUUAUUGGUUGGCUGCUGGUCUUCGUCUGUGCAUUCACAUGCGGCAUUGCACGAGUUACAUUCAACACGGGCUACGUCAUCUGGUUGAUUAGCAUCUGUCUGUCCCUGAUGCUGCUCUACGCUUUCCUCUUUGAGUUCGCUUUGGUCAUAGCUAGACAAAAUACGUUAUUGAUUCCGGAUACUAUUAAGCGACCUGCCCAGAUGGCGCAGAGCAAGCCAACGGAUUUGCCAGCGCUUUGUAAACAUGUCUCUGGAGCCAAUGCAGCGCAGUUCAUUGCAGGGAAUAUUUAUUUUGAUUGCGUAUAUGCUGGUGACUGGAGGAGUUGUUUAUGUGCUGUUUCGCAAGCAAAUUCGUCUAGCGUAAAGCUAAGCUGUGAUUCCUACUUUAAGUUAGUUUUUUUUUACCACUUAAGUACAAAGUUAACAACUUGUAAACUAAAAGUAUUUUGUGUGAAUUUAAAGAAGAAAAGUAAUGUAUUUUAACGAUUUUCCAGCAUGUCCAUAAUCAAGUGAUUCCCUUUCCUUUUUUAAUUGU